GACUAGCCUCACAGAAGAACCAGCCUUCCACAUAGUUCUCGUUAUUUGUUAGAUUCAACUUAUUGAUAUUCACUUUCACUUUGUAAGCUUUUUCCAAUGGCUGCUCCAUUGGCCGGAAAGCUAGCGUUCGUGACCGGGGCCGGUUCCGGAAUCGGACGUGCGACGAGCAAACUCUUAUCGCGCGAAGGGGCGAUAGUCGUCGCGGUGGAUCGGAAUGUGCAAGCAGCACAGGAAACGGUAGCGGCACUGGCGAAACCCGAAGGAGAUGCCAACAAUGCUGCCUACGAAAUGGAUGUCUCGUCCAGCGAGAGCAUUGAUGGUGUUCUGAAACAGGUGCUGGAGCGCUACAAGCGCCCCCCGACGAUGGUCGUCAAUUCGGCCGGCAUCACGAGGGACAACUUUCUGCUAAAGAUGCCCGAAACGGACUUCGAGGCGGUGAUUGAUGUGAACCUUAAGGGCACGUGGCUGAUGCUGCAGCGGUUUGGCCGUGCGAUGAUCGAUCACGGAGUAGGCGGAUCGAUGGUGAACGUGUCAUCGAUCGUUGCGCGUACCGGCAACAUGGGCCAAUCCAACUACUCGCCGAGUAAGGCAGGCGUUGAAGCGAUGACGAAGGUGGUUGCGCGAGAAUUUGGUCGUUACAACAUCCGCGUGAAUGCGGUCGUGCCCGGCUUCAUUCAUACCCCGAUGACGGGUACGGUUCCACAGAAGGUGAAAGACAUGAUGAUCAUGCAAUGUGCCUUGCGCCGAUUCGGCAAUCCAGAGGAAGUUGCCGAAGUGAUUGCCUUUUUGGCAUCGGAAAAAAGCAGCUACGUUAAUGGCACUUCGGUUGAGGUAACUGGCGGCUAGACACCCGUAUUAGAUCUUCGUGCACAUACAGGGAUUUUUCAAAAACUCAACUACCUCUUUUAACGUAUUGUUGUUUUGCUACAAAAGCCUAGCUACCUCGUUUUCUAUAUUAAUUCUAAACAUCACCGCAACUGUGCAUUUAUCACCAAACAAAGGCUAAGCCUCACAACUAUUUUCUCAAUAUUCACGGAAUAAAACU